AUGCUCAAUCGUAUUUAUUGUGCAUCAGUUAUAUUGGUUAUAUUAGGCAUUGGAUUUUUAGUUGGUGGUAUUCUCUUAAUCGCUCUCGGUGAUUCAGUUUUAAAAAAUGCGAUAAAAAAAGAAUGUCAAUUGAGUUCUGGAACAUUUGCAUAUAAAAUUUGGCGUGAUCCUCCUGUACCAUUCUAUAUAUCAAUCUAUGUAUUUGAUCUUAAUGAUACUGAAUUUCUUAAUGGUAGUGCAAAACCACGUUUAAGACAACGUGGACCAUUUGUUUAUAAAGAAGAACGAAAAAAAAUAAAUAUAAGAGAUUAUCCAAAUGAAACAAUUUCUUAUCAAGAAACCCGUUCAUAUACAUUCGUUCCAGAACGAUCGGGUGAACCAGAAAACGUAAAUAUUACUACAGUUAAUAUUGUAUAUAUGACAUUAGUAAAUUAUCUUCAAAAUGAACAUGUUCCUAAUAUAGUUCGGCGUAUGAUUGGAGAUUUAUUAAAUAGUCAAGAAAAACCAAUUAUGCAACUUUCAGUAAAAGAUUAUCUUUGGGGUUAUGAUGAUCCAUUAUUAAAAAUACUCCAUCAUGAAUUUCCUGAAUUGGUUACUGAUGACAAAGUUUCAGCUUUCAAUGCAUCGGUAAGUCAAGCAGGAUUGAAUACAUUUCUAAUUAAUAAUGGUGUUGGUUUUAAUGAAAAUCAUGUUGAACGUAUUAAUAAUGUGGGUGCAAUUGAACGGUUUAAUUUUGGAACAAAAUUACCAUAUUGGUCAAAUGACUAUGCAAAUAUGAUAAAUGGAACAGAUGGUUCACUAUGGCAUCCUGAUGUAGAUGAAAAUGAACGAAUCUUUUCAUUUAUUCCUGAUAUAUGUCGAGCAGUUUAUCUUGAUUUUAAUGAAACAAAUCAGAAUACAUUUAAUAUUGAAACAUAUCGUUAUACAUUACCAAAUACUGUAUAUUCAAAUUCAACAGAUAACGAAGGUUUUUGUUUAAAUUCUACGACUACUAAUAAAACACAUGAACUUGAUUGUUUACCAAGUGGUUUAUUCUCAUUAAAAUCAUGUAUACGUUUAAGUGGAAGUUCAGUAUCGAUACCAUUACCUAUUAUUGGAUCAAAUCCACAUUUUCUUGAAGCUGAUUCUACAGUACAAAAAUCAGUUGAAGGUUUAAUACCUGAUGGAAUCAAACAUCGAAGUUUUAUUGAUAUAGAACCACUUACAGGCAAUGUUAUGAAUGGAUCACGACGAAUACAAAUCAAUAUAAAUGUUAUCAAUGAUUCAUCAAUCACAGCAAUUAGUCAUGUACAUCCAGUUAUUUAUCCUAUGAUAUGGCUUGAUGAACAUGCAGAAAUUGAUGAUCCCAGUGCAAAAUUAUUUCAUAAAAAAGUUACAACACCAAUAACAGCACUUAAUGCUAUUAAGUAUGUUUUACUUAGUAUUGGCAUUGCAUUGAUUCUUGUAGUAAUUGCUUUAAUAAUGUAUCAACGACAUAAAAAAAAUAUGUCUGGUGAAGUUUUUCCACGAGUUGAUGAUACUGAAAGAUUAUCAUCACAUUUUUGA